CGAGAAGCUCGUGGCCGGCGGAUUGCCGUUCGAGCGACUGCUGGAGCCGACGGCAAGGCUGGCCGCGCGGCUGCACGCCGCGGGGCUGCACCAUCGCGAUCUGUACCUGUGCCAUUUCUACGCCAACACACAGGCCUCGACUCCGGCCGAUGCGGUGGACCUGGUGCUGAUGGAUGCCGGCCGCGUCCGCAAACUGCCCUGGCUUUUCAAGCAGCGCUGGAUCGUGAAGGACCUGGCGCAGUUCCUCUACAGUACGAUGUCGCUGAAGGUCACCGAUGCCCAGCGCGACCAGUGGCUGCGUGCGUAUGCCGAGGCGCGGGGGAUCCCGAUGACGUUUCGCCCGGUCAUCGACCGCAAGGCGGCCGCCAUUGCCCGGCACGAUGCCCGUCUGAAACGCGAUCAACCCGAUCGCAAUGUCUCGAUUCCCCGAUGAAGGUGCUCCUGGUCAUCCUCCAUGCCGAUCCCUCGCGCGGCGGGGCCGAGGCCUACACGAUCCAACUGCUGAACAAGCUGCGGGAGAUGGGGCACGAGGCGCGGAUCGCCGCCAGCACGUUCCAUCCGACGAUCCCGGCCGAGUGGCGCGUGCCGCUGAAGCACGAGGGCCUGACGCGCACCAGCCGGUACGCCUGCUUCCUCGACGCGCUGGAUGAGCACCUGGACGCGACGUCCUACGACCGGAUCCACGCCAUGCUCCCGGUGCGCCGCUGCGACCUGUAUCACCCGCAUGCGGGCGUGGCGGCGAUCCUGCCGGCCGGCGUGUCGCGGUUCUUCAAUCCGCGCCCGCGCCGGUUCGCGGCGAUCGAGCGCGCCCUGCUGGAAGGCGAUCGGUCGCCGGUGGUGCUGUCGCUGUCGAGCUAUAUCGACGCGCAGUUGAAAAAGGCCUACCCGGCGACGCCCCUGCGCAUCGAGCGCUUGAUGAACGCCGCCGAUCUGGGGCGGUUCGAUCCCGAGCGGGUGUCGGCAGUCGAACUGCCCAUUGCUGCACCGCGGGCGCUGAUGAUCGCACAGGACUUUGCCCGCAAGGGGCUGUCGCCGACGUUGCGGGCGAUGCAGGCCGUGGAGGCGGUGUCGCUGGUGGUGGUCGGCGGGGAUGACCCGGCGCCAUACCGAAAGCAAAGCGAGCCGUUCGCAUCCCGCGUCCAUUUCGCCGGAUUGACGUCCGAGGCGCCGCGCUACUACCGCGCGGCCGAUUUUUUCGUCCUGCCGACCCGGCACGACCCCUGCAGCCUGGUCGUGCUCGAGGCGCUGGCGAUGGGGUUGCCGGUGAUCACCACACGGCAGAACGGUGCGGCCGAUGUCAUGACGCAUGGGGUACACGGAUUCAUCCUCGACCAUGCGGACGAUCCACCGGCGCUGGCCGAGGCGCUGCGUUCGCUGGCGGACGAUUCGACGC